GAAGAAAGAAAAGAAGAGAAAUUGAAGGCAUGGAGAAUUUGAAAGAAGGUUUCCGAUUCAGUCCGACUGACGCAGAAGCUAUUACUUUCUUGUUGAGAUUCAUUGCUGGGAAAGCGAUGAAUGAUUCUGGAUUCAUUACCACUAAUGUUGAUACUUACAGCAAACAAUUAGAGCCAUGGGAUAUUUACAGUCACGGAAUACCCUGCGGUAAUGACGACGGGGACAACGACUCCACUCAGUAUCGCUUCUUCAUCACAAAGCUCAGUAAGAAAAGCGAGUUCAGAUAUAGUCGCAGUGUGGGAAACAAGGGCAGUUGGAAACAGCAAGACAAGAGCAAACCUGUUCGAAAGAACGGAGGAAUAGUGAUUGGAUACAAGAAGAGCAUGUCUUACGUGAAUAAGGGAUAUAAUCGAGACAAUGGACAUUGGUUGAUGAAGGAGUACGACCUCUCUACGAAAAUUCUUGACAAAUUUGACAAUGAUUGCAGAGAUUAUGUGUUGUGUGCUAUUAAGAAGAGAACUCCCACCAAAGAUGACACAAUGACGUUGAUGAAUACUGUUUCUGAAGAAUGCAGGAAUUUGGAGCACCAAACCUCGGCGGCUGUUGAAUCGACUAGUUAUGAUGAGGCAUUAGUAGUGGAUGCAAGGGAGCUCCAAUCAGAGUUGCAGAACAAUAUGCACAAGGAGGCAGACAUGGUCGUUGAGCCAUUAUCAUCCCCUUAUACUGGCACAAACAUCGUCGUUGAGCCAUUAUCAGUCCCUAAUACUUUUGAAGGCACAAACAUCGUCGUUGAACCAUUACCAGCCCCUUAUACUUUUGAACCUACGUACAUGCUAGAUUUUGAUUAUCAAUAUUUACCUGCUGACUUUGAUUGUCUAAGAAGCAUUACGGAUUCAUUAUGUAGUUAUUAGAAUUCGAACAAGCUGUAUAAAUCUUUUUUAAGGUAUGAUUGAGCAUUUAUUAAAUUCAAGCAAGUGUUCGGAUUAGGCUCUUUGGCAUACAAAAAUAUAGACCUCUUAAUUAGCUUCUUAUUGA